AUGGGAGAGGAAAAUGAAGAUAAAAAGUAUGGUGAAGCUAAAAAACAUGAUCCAAAAUUUAAAGGACCAAUCAAAAAUAGGUCAUGCACAGACAUAAUCUGCUGUAUUUUGUUCUUAGUCUGUAUCGUGGUAAUGGUUGCCUGUUCAGCUAUUGGUUAUGCUAGAGGAAACCCUGCAAAGCUUGUAUUCCCCACAGAUUCUGGAGGCAAUAUCUGUGGUUAUGAUAAAAGUGUGGUGUCGAAGCCAAACCUUAUGUAUUUUGACUUACUACAGUGUUCCAAAGUCCAGUCCAUUUUUUUAGGAUGCCCUACUCCUCAAGUGUGUGUGGAGGCGUGUACAACAGAUUAUUAUGUUUACCUAGAAUCUAUAGCCAUUGAGACAGCAGGUGGAGGACAGGACAAUACAGAACGGAAUAAACUGCUCUGUAAAUAUGGUGUAGACCCUACGGCAGGAACAAAGAGUAUCCAGCAGCUUAUAUCAGAUGAAGACUGUGCAGCCUACUACCUUCCCAACACUGCAAUUGUCGGUCGUUGUGUUCCGUCCAUUUUCUUGACUAUUUUUGACAAGUCCCAGGAGCUGGUCACAUCUGGAAACUUCAAAAUCACUACAGCUGGAGGAACACCAGUGACGGGAAACCUCAUAGAAACUGCCAGCGAGUAUCUUGCCACAUUUUUGUCUGCUACCCAAGUUGUGGAGCUUGUGUUUAAGGAUAUUGUGACAGCCUGGUACCUCAUGCUUAUCUUCUGUGCGAUAGCCGUAGUGGUCUGUUUCAUCUGGAUUGUCCUUCUUCGAUGGUUUGCUGGCAUCCUCGUCUGGGUCAGCAUCGUUGUCGUUCUGGCCCUCCUUGGCUUUGGCUGUUAUUACAGCUAUUCCCAGUACUAUGAGCUAAAGAACCAGAAUGUUACAGCAGAGUUUGGGGUGUCGGAACUCUUCACCCUCAAUUUUAGUUACUACCUCCGUCUGCGGGAGACCUGGCUGGCAUUUGGUUGUACAACAGCAACGAUUCUCCUUAUUUUUCUCCUCAUCCUCAUUUUUUUGGUAUCAAGAAUAUGUAUCGCCAUUGAGCUGAUCAAAGAAGGCAGUAGGGCAAUAAGUAACAUGGUCUUCACACUCUUGUGGCCCAUCAUCCCAUUUAUUAUACAGCUGGCUGUUGUUGCCUACAUGGGAGCCAGUGCUAUCUACAUAGCAUCUAUUGGUGGACCAGAGUAUUACUCCAACGGUACAGAUGUCGCUAACAGCAUCAAUUCUGUCUUGGACCGAGUGCCUUGUACUCCUGAUAACACUACUGUGGGGUCCUUCUGUGACUUUGUCCGGUACGGAGGUACAGACUAUAUCAUCGCUAUGGAGGUUUUCAUGUUGUUUAUGUUCUUCUGGUUGAUGAACUUUGUCGUUGCCCUUGGACAAAUGACCUUGGCUGGAGCAUUUGCCUCUUACUACUGGGCAUUUGAGAAACCAAAAGAUAUCCCAGCAUUCCCAUUGAUGUCGGGAUUUUACCGAUCCAUCAGGUAUCACCUUGGAACACUGGCAUUCGGUUCUCUCAUCAUAGCCAUAAUACAGAUGAUCAGAGUGGCGCUGGAAUACUUAGACAGUAAAUUAAAGGGCGCUGAAAACAAAGUGGCAAAAUUCAUGGUCAAGUGCUUGAAAUGCUUUUUUGCUUGUUUAGAAAAAUUGAUCAAAUUCCUAAACAGGAAUGCUUAUAUCAUGACAGCAGUUUAUGGAAAAAAUUUCUGCACAGCUGCAAAAGAUGCGUUUUUCUUAAUCAUGAGAAAUGUUGUGAGAGCGGUGGUGUUAGACAAGGUCACAGAUUAUGUACUGUUCCUCAGUAAAUUCAUGGUCACUGCUGGAGUAGGUGUGGGAGCCUAUUUCUGGUUUCAAGGAAAAGUGAGCCUUUUCACACAGUUUAUUCCUGUUCUCAACUACUACCUAACACCUGUUAUUGUUGUUAUCCUAGGCACCUACCUGAUCACCUGCUGUUUCUUUAGUGUCUACACAAUGGCUGUGGACACAUUGUUCCUGUGUUUCUUGGAAGACUUAGAAAUGCAUGAUGGGAGUCCCGAGAAGCCCUAUUACAUGAGUAAAGGAUUAAUGAAGAUAUUGAGGAAGAAAAACAAGAAAGAGAAGAAGGAAAAUGAGACAGAUGGAAAUGAAGAUAAAGCGAAGGAGGAAAAAUAA